AUGGGAAAUAAAUAACAAAUAUCUGAUCAAAAUACAUAAAGAUUAUCUAAUCAAAAAGAAAAUAUAUAGUAAAUAUAAGGAUAAGAAUCAAAGAUGAAUUUUAAUCAACUCAAGUAGUAGUUAAUUAAAGAACAAAAAACAUUUUCCAUGCUAGGAGUAUCUUUGGUUAUAGCUAGAAAUAACUAAGGUAAAUUCCUAGCUGUAAAAGAGAAUUAUAAUUAAGGAUGGUGGAUUCCUGGAGGAUUAGUUGAUCCUCCUGAGGAUUUUGUUACUGCUGCCAUACGCGAAACUCAAGAAGAAGCUGGAAUUGAUAUAGAAAUAAAAGGGAUUCUCAGGAUUGAGCAUAAUUUCAAAAAGAGCGCUAGAUAUAAAGUUGUAUUUUAUGGAGAACCCAAAGAUUAAAACUAAAUACCAAAAUAAAUUCCAGACAGCGAAACAUAAGAAGCAAGAUGGGUUACUUUAAAAGAAUUAGAAGAGUUAGGAAAAUAACCUCCUUAUUUAAGAGGAAAAGAAUUAUUAUAUUUUGGAUCCUAUAUUGAAAAUGGUGGUCCUAUUUAUCCAUUAAGUAUUAUAGAAACAACUCUAGUAAAUACUUUUAACUUCAAAAAUUAAGCAACAGCAAAUAAUAAAAAUACUUCUGAUAAGAUGGAGAUAGAGUAUCAGUUAAAUUAAUAGAAUAACUAGGUUUAAAAAUAAAACCAAAAUGAUAAAAAUAUUGUACCAUUAAAUGUUAAAUUACAAAAUGCUCCAAGCAAUUAAAUGAUAGGAUUGUCGUUGAUUGUAAUAAGAAACUAAGAAGGGAAAUUUUUGGCAGUCAAAGAAACAAAAAAUAGAGGUUGGUGGCUCCCUGGAGGAAAAGUUGAUCCUCCUGAAGAUUUUAUUUCAGCUGCCAUAAGAGAAUCGAAAGAAGAGGCAGGAAUAGAUAUUAAUGUUAAAGGUGUGCUUAGAAUUGAGCAAGAUUAUAGAAAGGGAUUUUUAAGAUAUAAAGUUGUUUUUUAUGCUGAGCCAAUUGAUCAAAAAUAAAAGCCUAAAGAUUUUGCUGAUAAUGAAAGUGAAGAAGCAGCAUGGGUAACAUUAAAAGAGCUAAAAGUGCUUGGAAAUAGCCCUCCCUAUUUAAGAGGAACGGAACUCUUAGAAUUUGGUUAGUAUCUUGAAAAAGGAGGUCCUUAUUAUCCACUAGAUAUAAUUAAAUAAUUAAAAUGA